UUCACUUUGCAAUAACCGGUUACCGACUAAGCCGUGUUUUUUUUUUUCAUUUCAGCCAAUGUUUUCAGCCCAAGAACGGGUUUAUGAUCCCUCGGCUGGUACCGAGAUAACAUGCGAUAAAUUUGAAGAGCUUCUGGCAAUUCUCCAAUCGGAAGAACCGUUGAGUACGAAUUCUGGUUCCGGAGAAAUAAACCGGAAGGUCCAACCGGUUGAUGAGAGGAAGAGGAGACGAAUGAUAUCAAACCGGGAAUCGGCUAAGAGAUCAAGACUGAGAAAGAAGAGAUGGUUGGAGAACUUAACCGAGGAAGUGAACCGGUUAAGUUUCGAGAACCGAGAGCUCAAGAAUCGGUUGGACAUUGUUUUAAGAUACGGCAACGAUGUAUCGAGGGAGAAUAACCGGUUGAAAACCGAAUCGGUUUGCCUCAAAAUCAGGCUUUUGAAGCUGUACCGGGUUUUAAUAAACAUGCAAAAGUCACAUACUUGACCAAUCUUCAAACCGUUGAAGA